AUGGGUAAACACGACAAGAAGACCGGAAAGGGUCGUUUGGAUAAAUUCUACAAGCUUGCAAAAGAGCAGGGAUACAGAGCUCGUUCAGCCUUCAAGCUGGUCCACUUGAACCGAAAGUACGACUUUCUCGCCUCAUCCAAAUGCUGUAUCGAUCUCUGUGCCGCGCCCGGAGGAUGGCUGCAGGUCGCCGAAAAGUACAUGCCUAAAGGCUCCCUCAUCGUCGGAGUCGAUCUCAACCCGAUCAAACCCCUUCAACACGUAUCCACCUUUGUCUCCGACAUUACCACUCCCCAAUGUCGCCAGCUCCUCCGUUCGCACCUGCACGACUGGAAGGCCGAUCUCGUCCUGCACGACGGAGCGCCGAACGUCGGAUCCGCGUGGGUGCAGGAUGCGUUCACGCAGAACGAACUCGUGCUUCAGAGUUUGAAGCUGGCGACGGAGUUUCUGUGCAAGGGGGGUAACUUUGUCACUAAGGUGUUCAGAAGUCAGGACUAUAAUGCCCUGAUGUGGGUGUUCCAGCAGUUGUUCAAGACUGUUGAGGCAACCAAGCCGCCCAGUUCCAGAAACGUCUCUGCGGAAAUCUUCGUUGUCUGCCAAAACUUCAUCGCUCCUAAGCACAUCGAUCCAAAGUUCCUCGACCCCAAGCACGUCUUCAAGGACGCUGCCCCUCUCCCACCAUCCAUCAUCCUCCCUUCCGCCGCCGCCGCCGCCUCGUCCGCCGCCGUCGCCAAGUCCCAAUCCGGCUCUCAUGCGCAUGCCAAUGUCUUCAUGCCCGAGAAGAAACGCAGACAUAGGGAGGGUUAUGCCGAGGGCGAGUUCACAAAUUUUCACGCUGCGACAGCGUCGGACUUUGUCAAGGGUCACGAUGCGGUGGGACUGUUGGGUAUGAUGAACAAGAUCGAGUUUGUCACGGAGGAAGAGAAGGGCUGGCUCAAGUCGAGACAUACCACCUCGGCGGUCAUUUCCAGCUGUGAAGAUCUGAAGGUGCUGGGCAAGUCGGACUUCAAGCAAUUGAUGAAGUGGCGGUUGGCGAUCCGACUGGAGAUUGGGCUGGACGUCAAGGCGGAUACAGCGCAGGACGCGACGGAGGAGGUGGUAGUAGAGGAGAUCGACGAGGAGGAGCAAAUCAGCGAAGAGCUCAAGAAACUUCACGAGGCUCGGAUGACUCGGCAAAAACGCGAAAAGAAGCGUGCCAACGAAAAGAAGAAUGCGACCAUCCUAAAACUCCAACUCAACAUGACCGCCCCCGAAGACCUGGACAAUGACGAUCGGGGUCUUGCCGGGGAAGAGACGUUUGAUCUGGGAGAGAUGGAGCGGGAGGCAGGUCGGCGCGGGAAGAAGCGGGCAGUCGACGAUAUCGUCGCCGAUCAGGAUGGGAUGGACGCUUCCGAGUCUGAAUCGGAGGAGGAAGAGUCGGAGGAGGAGGUGUUUGAUUCGGAGGAGGAACGGGAGUUGCGACUCGGCGCACUCGAGGGGGAACUCGACGGAAUGUACGACGACUACACGCAACGCAUGGCGGAGCGGGACGCCAAGUACAAGGUCAAGCAGGCGCGGUUGAAGGACAAGAAUUACGAUGCGUGGCAUGGGAUCAACGAGGAGAAGAAUGGAGGUGGGAGUGGGAGCGAUAGCGAUGUCGGGGUAUCAAAAGGCUGGAAGGAUCAGCUGGUGCGUCAGCCGCGGCGAGGGGAUGCGCUCGAGGACGAUGAGGAGGAAGAGGAGGAGGCGGGCGGAUGGGAGUUGAGGCUAGCGGGCAAGGCGAGGGUGGGGGAGUCGGACUCUGAUUCGGAUUCGGAUGACGAGGAUCAGCCGGCCAAGAAGAGCCGCAAGGCGACGUUUGGGAAGGCGGAUGAGGGAGCAGCCAAGCCUCAGGUGAAAGGAAAGGCGGAGGGGCGGAAGCUGGUGCGCAGUCUGGUGGAGCCGGAGGAGAGGAAGCAGAUGAGUCGACAGGCUCAGCUGUGGUUUGACCAGAACGUCUUCAAGGGCGUUGGGGACCUCGCUGCGCUCGACGGGGAUGAGGAGGAGAGCGAGGAGGAAGAGGAUGAGGGGAUGGAGGGGGACACGGAAGAGGAGGAGGAUGAUGUCGAUAUGGAGGCUGGUUCUACCCAAAGCUCCACGGUCGACCCCGCUAGCGCCGAAGACGACGAGGGUGACGAUACGUUCGAGAUUGUCCCUCAAGCGGCGGAAGACACGGCGCCCGAAUGGGACGUGUACGACGAGGACCAGGACGAGGUCAAGGCGGCCACUGUGCGCGCCAAGGGUCUCCUCACUGCCGAGGCCGUCACCCUCGCCACCCAGCUCGUCAAUCGUCAAAUCACGGCCGACCAGCUUAUCUCGGACGGUUUCAACCGCGGCUCCACAUUCAACAAGGACGGCCUGCCCGAGUGGUUCCUGGACGACGAGUCCAAGCACUACAAGGCCAAUCUUCCGGUCACCAAGGAGGCGAUGGAUGCGUUGAAGGAGAAGCAGCGCGCAUUGGACGCGCGGCCAAUUAAGAAGGUUGCGGAAGCCAAGGCGAGGAAGAAGUUCAAGGCGCAUCAGAGGCUGGAGAAGGCCAAGAAGAAGGCGGCGGGCGUAAUGGAGACGGAGGAUCUGAGUAUGGGGGAGAAGGCGAAAGCGGUGGCAAAGGCGAUGGGGAGAGGGAGGGGCGCGGAGAAGCGGCCAGAGAAGAAGGUUGUGGUGGCUAGGGGGGCGAAUAAGGGGAUUGCCGGGAGGCCGAAGGGCGUCAAGGGGAGGUACAAGAUGACCGAUCCAAGGAUGAGGAAGGAGGUGCGCGCCAUGAAGCGGAUCAAGAAGAAGACUUCGAAGCGGUAG